CGCGAGCCCUGCCCGCGAGCCCCGCAGCCGCGCCGCCCUCCCCCUCCGCGCCCCUCCCCCUGCCGCCGCGCGCCAGGACCCGAGAGGCAGCGACAGCAACGGCCGCCGCCGCCGCUGGGAGGAGCCCGGGCUCGCAGCCGCCGCCGCCGCCGCCGCCGCCGCGAAGCUCCUUUGUGAGACCCCGGCCCAGGGAGGGAGGGAGAUAAUACAGUUGAGGAUCCUGAACUAAAAGAUACCACUCUCGUUCCCAAAAAUAUCAUGGCUGAACCUGACUACAACAUCAUGGCUGAACCUGACUACAUAGAGGAUGACAAUCCUGAAUUAAUCAAGCCUCAGAAAUUAAUCAAUCCUGUCAAAAUUUCCCGGAACCAUCAAGAUCUUCACCGGGAACUUCUGAUGAAUCAGAAAAGGGGUCUUGCACCUCAGAAUAAACCAGAGCUACAGAAAGUGAUGGAGAAGAGAAAACGAGACCAAGUGAUAAAGCAACAGAAGGAAGAAGAAGCCCAAAAAAAGAAAUCUGAUUUGGAGAUAGAACUGCUAAAACGGCAGCAAAAGUUGGAGCAGCUUGAGCUUGAGAAACAGAAGAUUCAAGAGGAGCAGGAAAAUGCCCCAGAAUUUGUGAAGGUGAAAGGAAACCUGAGAAGAACAGGCCAAGAAAUGGCAGAAGUCCAGGAUUCUUAGGCAUACACUGUACAAAAACUUGUUGGAUUCUAGCCCCUUGCUGCAGAGAGGCCAUUCCUGUAGGAUCAUCUCCAGUGCUGCUUCUUCUUGAGCCAAUAGUAGCAUGGAGAGACAUCUGUUUUUGAGAAAAUGCCAGCCAGCAGAAGUUUUAAUUUUUAAAAGGGGUUAUUUUGUUUAUCAUUUUUUCCUUGAAUCUGGGGGGGUUAAAUUGACUAUGAUAGCUGCAGUUCAGAUUCGCCAAAUGAAAUAUGUUGACCAGCAGAUAAGCAGCUUAUUGUUGGUAUAACAGACUUGUCUUCAGAGACUCAAAAAAAAGGAUGAGGACACUGGAGUAUCUUAAGUGUUGCACUACUUGGUUUCUUCCAACCUAAUUGUAGUGGGGACAUAGUAUUUUUAUUUUUUCUUCUUUUAAAAAAUGUUAUUUUUCUAAUUCUUGUUUAUCUUUUAAAGAAUUUAACUUACACAGAAAUGUGCUUAAUUUGUUACUUUUCAUAACUGUAAUUCUGGUUUGGAAAGCCUGAAAAUCUUAGUAUGGGGUAAAUCUUAAAACCUAAGUGUGGGAAAAUAUUCAUUUGUAUUGAAUGGUCAGCACAGGUUGUAUCUUAGUUGAUCUGAAAUUAAAGAAUUAGGAGGUGGUGAGGAAGUUUUAAAAUCUGAACUGUGAACCCACUUUUAGGAAAACCAUAAUACAUAGAUCAUGUAGGGUUUUUUUCUUUUCUUUUUUUUUAAGUCAUUUCUGUUUUUGAGCAGCAAUAUAUUAUUUGGUUAACAUUCCAACCCAAAGAAGGGUAUUUGACAAAUUUCCCGAUGGUUUGAUAGCAUAGUUGUCCCUCUCAGUAUUUUCUUUUCCUGUUCUUUCCAGCUUGUUUGUUUAGGUAAAAUGUUGGGAGUCUGUAGACCCAAGUUCAGUGUUACAAGUAGAGGUCAAGAUCCUUAAAUUACUUUGGUCUGCUCUUAGCCAGAUGGGGAGAAUCCUAAGUGGGAGCUCUGUAGCAGGAUAUUUUAACUUAAUGUGUGAUGCAAGUGUGAACUGGUCUCAAGGAGACUUACAUUAGAAGAUUUUCUUGCAUUUGUACAUUUUGAAUGUUAGAACUGAAGCUUUGAAAAUUUUUGAUUAAUGAUCACAUAUGCCUUUACUCUUUUUUUUUUCCUGUGAAGGCAGCAUAUUCCCACUGUCUCAGUGAUAAUGACUACUAAAUUCCCUCUCUCAGGAAAAGCCAACAUUAAGGAGAGACUGCUGAGAUUCCUCUUGCUAGCCAGAGCACUGUUGUGAAGCAAACUCCCAAGUAUAAAUAACCGCUAAAUAUUUAUGCAAAUGUAUUUUCUAUCUUUGGCAUGUGCAGGAGUGCCUCCCUUUUGGGAUGCAUUUGGAGAUAUGGAAUUGGGAAAAGUGUAGCUUCAGUAUUAUUCUCUGUCUAGGAUAUAGAGCCAGUGACUUCUUCAGGCAAGACACUAUUUUUGCCUGACUUGGUAUAAAGUUCAACCUUGAAGCCAUCUGAAGGCCUUGACAACCAUAAUGGAAAUUGGCAUCAUUGAGGGAUAUUUUGUAGGACCAGAUUUCAAAUCCUCAAGUGAGCAGCUUAGCAGCACAAAUACAUAAAGUUACAACAUAGAGAUAGAGAACAUGUUAUAGGAAAUUAUAUUUUAAAUAGAUCAUCCAGCGUGUCAGUGAGGAUUAUUGCUCUAGAAUACAACUGUGAUUAUCAGGCAGAAAUGUUAUUUUAUACUAUUAGUUUUGUCUUUGUAAAAUGAAAUGGUGAUGAGUGAGAUUUUCUUCCUAUUUUUCCCUUUGAAAAGAGGAAGUAUGGUGAUGGAUCAUCUCAAGAGUACAUUUCCAAUCUCAUGUUGAUUAGGAUUUCUUCCUUUUGUGUGUGGGAUUAAUGGAGUGAUUUAUAAUACCAGGAUUUAAGAUAAGUCCACAACUCUUUUAUUCAGCACAAUCUUAGGUCUUCAGAUCCCUACACUUGUGUAAUCCCCCAUUUGACACAUAUCUUGAGCUAUUUAAAUUGAAGAGAUACCCAUCUGCUUUGCCUGCUCAACACAGUCCUUUAAAAGGAUCUUACUAUCUCUCAUCAUCUUUAGUCUGUUUGAAGCUUAUUCUUCUAUGGUUGUGGGGAGGAAUAACAGAAAGGAGUAAUAGUGGGUUUGGUAUUUUCCUCUCAAACUCAUUAGCAGGUGUGCUGAGUGGUUUUCAGCCUAAUAGACAAAAUGCCUCAAAACAGCCCUGUAAAUAUAGUGUGAAAGUAAGGUUUGUUGUUACAAAACAAGUAGAAUGUAUAGUUAGUGUUCAUCUUAGGAUCCUGAUAGGCCCAGCCUAUAAGUCUGAGUUAAAACAUGGCAAGCAAAAUCUCCUUUAAAAUCAAAAAAUUAUACAACUUGGUUGGAAUUUGUAGAAAAUUUCUAAGCAGUUCUGUUUAUUGAGCCACUUUCUAAUUUUGCAAUGGUCCAAUGUUUUAUUUUAACUGUUCUUCUGUCCUCUUAAAAUAUUUGAAAAUUUUGUUGUCUCCCACUUUGAUAGCAUGGUAACAAAUUUGUGUUGCUUUCUAAGCUACACUAUGACUUUAUUCUUCUAUUCUGAAAAACCUUGACUUGUUUGAGUGUAUAUAAUAUAUAUAAAGGGAGCCUUAACGGGUUUGUUUUCAUAAUUUCAUAAUUUAAUAUUUUUUGUAUUUGCUCUUGUAUAAUUGUUUUUAACGGAAAGUAUUACAGAAAUGAGGGUGGAAUACUUAGAACCAAAGUUAUGCUUAAUAAAAUCUACUACAUGCUUGAACUAUA